AUGGCCACCAACAAGAACUACAAAGAGGCCCUAGACCAGCUCCGCGUAGCCUGGUGGAACGAAGAGGCUGAAAUGGCCAAAGACUUCGCCAACGCCGCCGACCAGGAAGCUUGGCUCAAGCACUUCCACGAGUGCCUGGCCAGCAUCAAACAGGGCCCGCUUGCUCCCAAGGGUCCCGAAGACACCACUGGCAAGGCUGCUGGCCCUGCCCCCGCGGUUCGCAAGAGCUGCGGUGUCGAAGUUGACGACGACACCACUGGUUCUCGCGUCGUCAAGAUCUUCGAGUACGAGAAACUGGUUGAGUCCUCGAAGGAAAAGGACAAGGACGCGGAAGUGGACGUGGAGUACUGGAUCACGCGUCCAACUGCGCUUCUGGUCGAAGUCCCGGGUACGGAGCUGUCGAGGGUGCAUAUUGAGAUUAAGGGCCCUGGCAAGAUUCAUGCAGAGAAAGCUGUUGCGGUCGUGGAGAGCGGCACUACGCAUUCUGAGUUUGUUGAGAACGUUUCCAAAGGGGCGAUGAAGAACUGA